ACGUCUAUUACAGUCGCGACGAGGACGACGACGAGAGCGGCCAUCGGAGGGGAAGUCGAAGAAGAUCCCCAAUGCGAACUCGAUUCCUCAACACCGAUUACUUCUCCUCCCGAUCUCCGAUAGAAACCCUAAGGCGCUUCCAGUUCUUCCCCCUUCCUCCACCUCCUCUUCCCCCUCUCCUUCACGAUCCUUCCCUCGGCGUCCAGAUCCCCUUCUCGGAUCUCGAUCUAGACCUGCGGAUCCCUUUGGACAUCGAUCUGUUCCCAAUCGAGAAUGCCCGAUCUCAGUUUCUCUCGGAUGUCAUUCCCAAGAUCCAUCCCGACACAGAUCACCGGAGCUCCCUUCGUUUCGCCCCUCGGAAGCGGAGACUGGUCUCUCCACUGCCAGAAAUCGACGACCCUGAGAAGAAGAGCGGAGCUGCGUGUCACUAUGAAGAUGACCAAAAAGGUUGGGGCAGUUCUAGAUCUGGUGCGACUGAUGCUGACAUUUCAGACGUGGGUCAUUGUGUUUGCUUAGUUUCUUGCAUUGGUUUCCUCUUGUUAAAUUUGGUCUGGCCAUUUCUAGUGUGCUAUUGCUUGCAGGAAGUAUCAAUUCUCAUCCAGGGAGAAAAGGAUGUGGACGAGUGUUUAGAUUUGAGGUCUAGUGUUUUUGUUGCUAAAGAUCUAGAGGGUAACGAGUUACUGAAGGAACACCUGUUUGAGAUAGUUGAGUUAGAUCUACCACUGGGAGAGUCCAUGGGCUCCUCCAAAACAGAGGAAGCUGGAAUUUAUUUCAAGAUUCCAGACAUCACAAUACCUCUGGAUAGUCUCGACAUUGAUGUUGAAGUUACAGUCAUAUAUCCCCAUAAGGUUGCUAAGUCAACUUAUUUAGUGGACGACAUCCAUGCCAAAUCUGACAAAGAAGAAUUCUCUCCUCUCAAAGUUAAUAGUUCUUCCGUAGACAGGACACUGGAUCAUAAUAUGAUAUUACCUCAACUAGAAGUCCAUGAGCACUAUUUGGACCCUGACGCUGGUAUUGCCAAUGCAGAAGUUCUCAGUUGUAUGCUUCCACUUUUUGAAGCUUGUGAUGGGCAUCAAGUUGACAAGUUGGCGAUUAAUGCAAAUGAGUUUUUGGAAUCUAAUAGUGUAGACAUAAUGGAACAUAUUUCAGAAGACACUUCAAUGGACUACUUCCCUGAAGAGAAACCUAUGUCUCUCAGCUCCAUACUAGAUAUGAAUGUCAUAAAUCUCGGUGAUAUUAUGCUCCUUGAAAGAGGUUCAGUAAUCUAUUGUGUUGCAGCUAAUGGAGAUUAUUCUCACAUGCCAUGCUCUGUACAUUAUCAGGAAGUUCAAAAUUUUGAUUUUCCUUCAGAUGAUGUCUUGCAAAUUGUUGUCAAUUCACAACAAGCAAAGACCCUGGAUAUGACUGAGCUAAUGGUCAUAGAUGAUAUGGAUUUUGCUGGGGGCCUGUAUCAAUCUUUUGUCAGUACUGAGCUGGCUCUGAUUGAUGAUACAUUCAAAUCACUACCUACUCCUAUCCUUUGUGAUGAUAAAGCAAUAAAAUCAGUGAGCAUGGUCGUUGAGGAGUUACUUCAUGCUCUGAAACCUCAUUCUCUGUCUGCAAGUGAUGGAAUAUAUUUAGAUUGGCAUCCUUUGCUAGAAGGGGUAUGCAACCGUGAAAUUUGCUUUACAUAUAUGAAUAUGCUACAUAAUGUAAGUAGUUGCAGUACAACUUCUGAUCUUCAAACUGACAUUGCAGAAAAUGCAGCCAUUGAUAUUGAUUUUUUUGAUGAUUUUCUGGAAAAUGUAGACACACUACAGUGUGAGGAAUUACCUACAGAACUUCAUAGGAAUAUUCCCCAUAUUACUUAUUCAUCUUCAAAACCUGAAAGCACUCAGAUGCCAAACAAUGGAAAAUUCGAGGAAAAUGCAGAAAGGAAAGUUAACAUUAUUACACAAAAGACUUCGUUUUUGUCUGAGUCAAUGUCUCAAUCUAAUGAUCUCAGCUUCUUCUUGGAUGUGAGGAAAGGCACAUCUAUGGGAAACUAUAAAGAUGGAACUGUAAAAUGUUCUGAUAAGCAUAUUACAGCACCUAUUGCUGUCUUGCAAGAGCCAUCUAUCCCAUGUGGUAUCCCUAAAGAGGUGUUUGCACAGUGGGUAAUUGAUGUGCAUACUGUUUGCCUCUCUGACCAUAUUCUGGGCCUUAUGGAUCACAUUAAGAAAAGUUAUUCGGCCAUCUUGGAGGAGAGCCCUUAUUUGAAAGCAGACCUUGUGCACAUUGCCAAUGAAUCUGAAACUUCUAGCCUUUCAAGGCAAAAACUAUUAAAUCUUAUUAUAAACAAAAUUUCAAAACGGUGCACUUCAGACUCAAGUCAUGAAGAUGUUAUGGCAUAUGUUGCACUAUAUGGUAUUAAGCAGUUGUCAUAUUUCUUGUGCUUCUUUGGUGUCCAUGCUGCUCAUCUAUAUGUAAGCUAUUUGGUUAGAAACAUCAAAACAAUGGCAGAAAGAUUAAGAUCACUUGAGGCCUUACUUGAAGAUGAAUGCUGGAAAUCUGGUAAACAAUUAAUUGAUCCACAUCCAUCACUGUCUCUCAUUGAAGGGCUACUUAUGUCAAAUAUUCAGAAUUCUGAGAAGAUACUGAUUGUAGCUGAGAGAGUAUUUUGGUUGCCACUGACUUGGAAGCUGGCUUCAAUGGGAAUAAAAUUACAUGCUGUAAAGGCUAAUUCUCUGCCCCCAAGUAAUUUGGAUGGAAUAGACAGCACUGAAUAUGACAAUUCUGUGUUGGAACAUCUUCAUCAUUCAGAUUGCUUACUGGUAUCUUACGAGAAUGUUUCUACUUCUUUUCCUUUCAACAACUUCAGCGUCAUCUUGGAAUACGGAGGUCCAUAUGCAUCAUCUAGAUUGUCUUCUCUACAUCCUAAAUCAGAUGCUCUGCCUCAAGUACACUUCAUCCAUGUAAAAAUUGAGAAUCAUCUCACUCCUAUUGUACUUUGUGAAGGCUUUCAUGCAUGCAGUCAUCCUGGAUCUACAAGGGAAGCUUUCUCACAGUUCAUGCCCAGUGUGCAGCAGAGCUUAAACAACAUAAUAGAGACACUAAAUUUUGUUCCUACAGAGGAGAAGAGUAAGUGUGGAUCUUCAGAAUCUGCAAAUCAAAUGGAAUCCUCUUAUGAAAAUGAAUCCAUAAACAUUCCUUCUUUCGUAAGAUUAAAGAAUGUGGACUCAGGGGCACCUUGCUUCCCUGACAUAGUUGUCAUUGUGAACACCCAAAGUUUUAAGAAGGAAAUGCUUAUCUCUCGAAGAACUUCAUACCAGAAAAUCUUAGCAAUGGAGAAAGCAGGUCUGCAAGUUGUGGAGCGAGAUAUAGAUCUACCUUUGGACUUGAUAUUUAAUGCUGCAGUUUGCUUAAUAUGGUAUGAAGCUCAAAAUUUUGUGGACAAGAAAGCAACCAGAGUAGAAGAUUCAUUUAUAACAAUGUUUGUGGAGAACAUUGCAACUAGCACUCUUAUGUCCCUUAGUUAUUCUUUCAGUGCCUGCAUACUGAUCUUUGAGGGUGAGAGCAGCUUCCUUGCUGCUAUAAUGGAGUCAUCUGAUGCACUUUAUGCGGCAGCUGCCAGUCUUGAUAUGAAUUUGCAACUAUUUUGCUCACAUGAUGCUGAUUCAACAGAUGAUAUCAUUCUGAGCUGCAUUAGGUCUGCAACCAGGUCAGCUGGAGAUCUGUAUCCAGCAAUGCCUGAAUCAGAGUCCAUUGGUGAAUCAUUCCUUACAAGAUUUCCAUCUAUAAAUCCACUCUCUGCUCACGUGAUACUUUCAUCUGGGGGUAGCCUUGUGGAAUUUCUAGAAUGGUCCAAUGAACGCAGAAUUCAAGCUGUUGGGAAAUAUCAUGUUCCUGAAGAAAGCAUUUCUCUUUUCAGUGCUUUGUGCAGAUAUGGGGAAGUUGGGGAAUCUAAAUCUGUUAUGACGGAAUCUUCCUCCAUUGACUCGGAUUUUAAUAGCAGAUUGUUGUCCUCACCUAGGAAAAAACGGAGACAUGCCUGUCACACUUAUUUGAUGCCUUCUGGUGAUUCUUUCCUUGCUGAGCCAUUGAAUCAAAAUAUUAGUACAAUGGAAGAGCCUCCAGCAUUCCAGCAAUAUCAAUUAAGAAACUUCUCUAAUAUCCAGGAGAAAAUGGGAAAGAUCAAGAGCAAUUAUUAUAGUGACACGCUGGGUAAAAGACCCAGUGGAUCUACAGUGAUUGAUCAUGAUUUGAACAGCUUAGUUCGACACAGUUAUAUUAAUAAGGAUUUCAUUGAUGACAUCAAUCAACAUGAUUACAACUUUCUUGAAGAAAAAUUCCCCUUGGCAUCAGACAAAUUUAGUUUCUUGGAGAAACCAGAAUUAGGAAUUGAACCAGCAGAUAGAAGCUCCCAUGCUGUAAGUCCACGAGGCCUUAGAAUGAAAGGCCAUUCUAUUUUCCCAUCCUCUACUGAGAUCCACCAUGAUACGAACAAAAGGAGUUCUAUGAAGGAUCACUAUCUGAGUUUCGAUGAUAUUUCCAGAAAGGACAAUGUACUCAUCAAAACCCAAGAAUAUCAGAAAGAAAAGUUCAUGCAGGACCAUAGGACAAAUAUUGUUGGUUUAUCAGCUCAGGAAAAAGUUCCACCAGCUUAUGGUGAGAAUGCAUUCUCAAAUGCAACUCAACCAUCAAGGUCUCAAGGGCAAUGUUGGAUUACUGAUUUUCUUCAUAGACUAAAGGAGAAGGGCAACGGGCAGCAACAAACCCUUCCAAGAAACCCUUGUUUUAAUUGUAGAAGAACUUCUAAUGUUAAAGAUAGACCAUCUAGGAGUCAAAGCCCUUCUGUUAUUGAUACUUACAGGUAUCAAGGGAGUAACCAGACGAGGAACACAACCAGGAAUAAAUGGAGAAAGGACGCUAAGAGACCAUCAAUUUCAAAUAAAAGGGAAUGCAAGGAAUCAUCCUUCAUUACUAGAACAUGGACCCCCAUUGACAAGAGAGCCAGACAGAAUCUUUCUUUCACAAAAAAUGGAAACGAAAAACAGAGCAAGCUGGUCUGGAGAAACAGAAACAGCCCAAAUGUAGGUUGUAGUAUUAGGAAAAGAUGCCGAGAUGACCGGUGAAUUAGCUUGCUACAUUAUUGUGAUACAGCUGUGAAGACUCUGAGAAUGACCUCUGUUUGCUUGUAAUUUCUUUUUUUUUUUAUAUUUGGAUUAGAAAUUUCUUCACAAAUUAUGGCAUAGACAUGAUACUGUCUAGCAUCAGCCACCAAAAGUUGGUGGUCUGAGGACUGGAAAUCUGACUUCUCUCCCUCGUUGCUAGAGGCAUAUCUCUUAUAUUUUUAAGGGAUUAUAUAUCUCCUUAUCCAAGAAUUGUUUCCAAGUGAGCAAGUCAUGUGUGAUCGAAUAGUAGUGCAGUAUACGCUUUCUUUAGAUAAGCUUUAGCUUCAGUUUUUUGUUACCUCAGAGGUGUCUCUACAGCUUUUAUUCUUUCAACAAAGGGAAAUGCGCUAAUUGAUACAGAAU